AUGCUCCUUCUGGCGGCUUUUAGCUUUUCCUUGGAAAUCAUGCGAAACCAAAGCUUUGUAACUGAGUUUGUCCUCCUGGGGCUUUCGCAGAAUCCCAAUGUUCAGAAAAUAGUAUUUGUUGCAUUCUUGUUCAGCUACAUUGCAACUGUCGGGGGCAACUUGCUAAUUGUGGUGACCAUCAGCAGCAGCCCAGCACUCCUGGGCUCCCCCAUGUACUUCUUCUUGGCUUUCCUGUCCUUCCUCGAUGCUUGCUUCUCCACUGUCAUUGCCCCAAAGAUGAUUGUGGACUCCCUCUAUGAGAGGAAAACCAUCUCCUUUGGAGGUUGCAUGACCCAGCUCUUUGCUGAACACUUCUUUGCUGGGGUGGAAGUGAUUGUCCUCACAGCCAUGGCCUACGACCGCUACGUGGCCAUCUGCAAGCCCCUACGCUACACAACCAUUAUGAACUGGAGGCUCUGUACCAUUCUGAUGGGUGUAGCCUGGACAGGGGGUUUUCUGCAUUCCAUGAUACAAAUUCUCUUUACUUUCCAGCUUCCCUUCUGUGGCCCCAAUGUCAUUGAUCACUUCAUGUGUGAUUUGUACCCAUUAUUGGAGCUUGCCUGCACUGACACUCACAUCUUUGGCCUUUUGGUGGUCGCCAAUAGUGGGUCUAUCUGCAUUAUAAUCUUCUCUCUGUUACUCGUCUCCUAUGUUGUCAUCUUGCUCUCUCUGAGAACCCAUAGUCCCGAAGGGCAGCGGAAAGCCCUUUCCACGUGCGGAUCUCACAUUGCUAUUGUGGUCUUGUUCUUUGUCCCUUGCAUAUUUGUGUAUGCACGACCUCCAUCUUCUUUCUCUUUUGACAAAAUGGUGGCUAUAUUUUACACCAUCCUAACUCCCUUGCUCAAUCCUUUGAUUUACACUUUCAGGAACAAGGAAAUGAAAAAUGCCAUAAAGAAAAUGUGGAACAGAAUAAUGGUGGUUUGUAGUGACAAAUAA